AUGAAAGCGUUAAGAUCGUCAGUAACAGAAAUAAUACAGAAAAAAUUAAGAGAUUCUAAAAGUAUAGCAUGUACAUCUGACUGUUGGUCAUCAUUAUCUCAACACAGCUAUAUUACAGUUACUACUCAUAUAAUUGAUGAUCAAUGGUGCCCGAAGUCGUAUACACUUUCAACACAUGAAAUGGAGGAAUCUCAUACUGCUGUAAAUCUUGCUCAUCAAUUAGAAGAUACGUUUGAUAAAUGGGAAAUUGGUGGGAAAAUUAUGACAGUUGUCACAGAUAAUGCGAGAAAUGCAAUAAAUGCUGUACAGUUAUUGACAAAUAUCUCUGAAACAUAUGAUGUAACGUGCGCUGCUCAUAGCAUUCAACUCGCGGUCAACAAUGGAUUAGGACGAGAUGAAAUCACUACACUAAUUCAGUUAAGUAGUAAAAUGGUUGGUCAUUUUAAACAUUCCAAUAUAGCUAAGCAUGCUUUAACAAAAAUGCAAGAGCAGCUCGGAUUAACACAACAAAGUCUAAUCCAAAGUUGUAAAACAAGAUGGAAUUCAGUAUAUAUGAUGUUGGAUCGUCUUUAUGCUAAUAGGUGUGCUGUGACAAACGUCUUAGCAGAUCGUAAUACAACAAAAUAUGUUUCAAUAGCAAAAAAGUUGGAAAUUACGGAAAGUGACUGGACAAAAAUGGAAACUUUGGUUAUCUUGUUAAAACCAUUGCAAAUUGUCACAACCGUGUUUUGUGCCGAAACACAUUCUUCUGUAUCAAUGGUUAGACCACUUCUUUCAAAAGUGAUUGAAAAACACUUACAACUAAAUAAAGAUGAUAAUGAAGUCGUUAUAAAUUUCAAACAGACAGUAGUGUCGCAACUGAAAGAACGUUUUAAGCUUAACAAUUUAGAAAACAUAGUAUCUACAAGACAAGUCUCUUCAUUUUUUGACCCAAGGUAUAAAGAAUUGGAACAUGAAGAAAUAGAUGUAAGGGAAAAUAUUCGUUCCAAAGUAAAAAAUUUACUGGUUGAAAUGAAUACUCCAGAUAACAGAGAGGAAACUAACGUUUGUGUUCAAAAAAAUAAGGGUGCACUUGAAUUUUUAUAUGGCGAUGAAGUUCAUGACAUCAAUGAUGCUUCGACACAAUAUCAUUCUUACUUAACAGAACCACAACUGAUAUACGAUUUUGAUCCAUUUGGAUGGUGGAAGUCACAUGAAAAAAAAUAUCCUUUAAUAGCCGAGUUAGCAAAGAAAUAUUUGUCGAUACCAGCAACAUCUGUAAGUUCGGAACGAUGUUUUUCAACUGCCGGGAAUGUCGUUACGUCCAAAAGGAACUGUUUAGCACCAGAAAAUGUUAAUAUGUUAGUAUUUUUGUAUCAAAAUCGUAACUUACGACGCCCGGCCAGCGUACGACGGAUUUGA